AUGUCCAACAAUCCCUACACCAUCGCGCCUCCUCUAAGGGGCUCAAGCUCCUCGAAAGUUCUCGCUAUCAACGAACCCCUCUUCGGUUUUCUUCCCCGCCAUGUAACGUCGCAACAAGUCCAUAAGGCCAUGGACGGAGACAUCAACCCAUUUACGAAGCAGCCGCUCACUCCACAAUACAAGAGGAUCCUCGAAAUGCGCAAAAAGCUGCCCGUGUACGCCCAGAUGGACGACUUCCUCAAAAUGUUCAGCAAUCAUCAGGUCAUCGUCAUGGUCGGAGAGACCGGAUCUGGCAAGACGACACAGAUCCCGCAGUUCGUAUGCUACUCCGACCUUCCACAUACUCGGGGUAAAUUGGUAGCAUGCACACAACCUCGGCGUGUCGCAGCCAUGUCGGUCGCGAAGCGUGUUGCGGAUGAAAUGGACGUGCAACUCGGGAAGCAAGUCGGCUACUCGAUCCGUUUCGAGGACAUGACAGAGCCAGGGACGACCUUCCUGAAAUACAUGACAGACGGUAUGCUCCUGCGGGAGGCGAUGAAUGACCCGAGCCUGGAGCGGUAUUCGACGAUCAUCCUCGACGAGGCGCACGAGCGCACGAUGGCGACGGACAUCCUCAUGGGGCUGCUCAAAUCCCUCGCAAGGCGCCGGACCGACCUGAAGAUUAUCGUCAUGUCCGCGACGCUCGACGCACUCAAGUUCCAGAAGUACUUCGGCCUCAAGGGCGCAAGCGAGCCCGCGCCGCUGUUCAAGGUUCCCGGGCGGACGCACCCGGUCGAGGUGUUCUACACGCAGGAGCCCGAGCCCGACUACGUCGAGGCGGCGAUUCGCACUGUGCUUAUGAUCCACCGCGCGGAGGACCCAGGGGACAUCCUGCUCUUCCUGACGGGCGAGGAAGAGAUCGAAGACUCAUGCCGAAAAAUCAAGCUGGAGGCGGACGACCUUAUCAACCAGGAUCCAGACAGUGUCGGCCCGCUGGUCUGCAUCCCGCUCUACUCAUCACUUCCUCCGCAGCAGCAGCAGCGCAUCUUCGACCCCGCACCCUCUCCGCGGACGCCGGACGGCCCUCCGGGGCGCAAAGUGGUAGUGUCGACGAAUAUCGCGGAGACGUCGCUGACGAUCGACGGGAUCGUGUAUGUGGUCGACCCUGGGUUCUCGAAGCAGAAGGUGUACAACCCGCGUAUCCGAGUGGAGUCUCUACUGGUGAGCCCGAUCUCGAAAGCGUCGGCGCAGCAGCGUGCUGGCCGUGCGGGGCGGACGCGGCCCGGCAAGUGCUUCCGGCUAUAUACCGAGAGGGACUUUAUGAAGGAGCUCGAGGAGCAGACGCACCCAGAGAUUCUCAGAAGCAACCUUGCGAACACGGUGUUGGAGCUGGUCAAAUUGGGCAUCAAGGACCUGGUGAAAUUCGACUAUGUAGAUGCGCCAGCACCAGAAACGUUGAUGCGCGCGUUGGAACUGCUCAACUUCCUGGCAGCCCUGGAUGACGACGGCAACCUCACCCCCCUUGGAUCGAUCAUGGCGGAAUUCCCCCUGGACCCUCAGAUGUCGAAAAUGCUGAUCAUCAGCCCCGAGUUCCAGUGCAGCAACGAGAUACUGACGAUCGUCGCCAUGCUAUCCGUGCCGAAUGUAUGGCUGCGCCCGCCCAACAUGCGCAAAGAGGCCGACGCGGCGAAGGCGCUGCUCACCGUCCCAGACGGCGACCACCUGACGUUAAUGAACGUCUACAACAACUACACCCAAAACAUGCACGACAAGAGCUGGGCGUGGAACCACUACCUCUCCGCGCGCGCGCUCGCACAGGCGGACAACGUGCGGGCGCAGCUGCAGCGCACGAUGGAGCGGUUCGACAUCGAUCUCGUGUCGAGCGGGGACGUCGGGCGGCUGUACCAGAACGUGCGGCGGGCGCUCGUGUGCGGGUUCUUCAUGCAGGUGGCGCACAAGGAGGGGGAGAAGAACAACUACCUGACGGUGAAGGACAACCAGGUGGUCGGGCUGCACCCGUCGUGCGGGCUCGAGACGCAGCCGGAGUGGGUCGUCUUCAACGAGUUCGUGCUGACGACGCGGCCGUACAUCCGGACGGUCACUGACGUCCGGCCCGAGUGGCUGUUGGAGUACGCGCCGAACUACUACGAUCUGUCGACGCUCCCGGACGGAGAGACGAAGCGGGCGCUGCAGCGGGUGGUGAACAAGCGCUCGAGGAAGGCGAUCGACGGCGGCAGCGUGAACGGCGGCGGCGGCGGCGGCAAGGGCGACGACGACCGGCCGAGGAAGAAGAUCAAGCGGGGUUGA